AUCUCCACAAAUACGCUCAGAAAGAAGGAAAAAAACCCUUCUAGUCUACUCUUUAAUUUCCUCCUCCAGCAGCAAAACCAAAAGUCUGUCUUUUCUUUUCAUUCUACAAUGGCAAAAUCAAAAAACCCAACGACCUUCGGUUCCAUGGACGACAUAAGGAAAAUAUUCAACAAGUUCGACAAAAAUGGAGAUGGCAAGAUUUCUUGUAGUGAGGUUGUAGACAACCUUAAAGAACUGGGCACCAAGAUAUCACCAGCGGAAGUCCAGUCCAUAAUGCAAGAAUUCGACAAAGAUGGUGAUGGCUAUAUUGAUCUUGAUGAGUUUGUCGACUUCAUCCAGAAUGGUGGACUUGACGAUGGCGGUGGCAAUGAUAGUAAAGAAUUGAGGGAUGCGUUUGAUUUGUAUGAUAAAAACAAGAACGGGCUGAUUUCAGUUGAUGAGUUGCACUCGGUAAUGAAGAUGUUGGGGUUGAAGUGUAGCUUGAGUGAUUGUCGUAAGAUGAUACGUGAAGUUGAUCAAGAUGGUGAUGGUAAUGUUAAUUUUGAGGAGUUUAAGAAGAUGAUGACUAGAGGGUUAGCGUAGAUUAAUUAAUUAAUUAAUUACUACUACAAUGUUUUUCAUUUUAUUUCUUAGGUUUGGUUUAACGUUGUAGGAUUAGGUUUCUAAUUUAGACAAUUAAUGGUGUAAUUAUAUAUAAUUAGCAGUUUGAGGUUUUAAUUUUCCUUUUGUUUUAGUUUUCCAUUGAUGUUUUUGCGGGUUUGAGGCAACUUUAAUCUGCAAAAACAGCAAAAACAGUCAGUGGUGGAAUUUAGUAGUUUUUAAUUUGGAUUAUUGUUGAUAAA